AAGCAGAAUAUCAAGCUAUGGCGGCAGCAGUGCAAAAAGCAAUCUACCUUAGAGCACUAAUGAAAGAUUUUGGUUAUCCUAUGAAAGAACCAACCGAUAUUGGAUUACGUGUAUCAAGAUGUAUCAUAAUCCAGUAAUGCACAAACGAUCGAAACACAUCGAUACCAAAUUACAUUUCAUCCGAGAAAGAGUUAAAAACGAAAAAGUAGGAAUCCACUAGAUCCCAACUGAAGAGAUGACAGCAGACAUUGUAACAAAGUCUUUAGCACGUGUUAAAGUAGAGAAACAUCGUCGUGUUUUAUUAGGGAACUUAUCCAAGUAAACCAGACUCAUCAGAGACAGUGUAAAGCUGAGUCUGAGUGGGGUGUUAGGAUAUACUAGUAUACAUAUGAACAUAUAAUGAUAAAUUAGGAACAUUGUUGACAUUCAUUGAUAUAGAAUGACAGGUGAACCUUAACACGUAAGAACAUUAUUGAAAAACGUUCGUUGUUCGUUGCAUGUUUUGUGAAAAGCGUAUUUGUAAAUAUAAGUAAUUUUAAAGCGUUUUCUUUCAAUAAAACUUUAAAAGUUAACAGUAUAUAUACAGACCUCGAGAAAAUCGGACACCUAAAUUUAAUUAAUUAACCCAUUCAGUUGCAUUGCGCUCCAAUACAUCCGAUUUUAUUUAUUCUGUCUAACAUUAGACGAGUUUGCUCGUCAAGGGAGGAGAGCGCUGACGCUCAGUGGAUUAAUCAGACUCACUGCCAAUGUGUCUAGUUAACCCAUUAAGUUACAUUGCACCCUAUUACUUUAUUAUUUUACUCUAUCUAACACAGAUUAUUUUACUCUGUAGCGCCAGAUAACGCUGGGUUAGAAACUUUCAACUAUAUGUAAUGGAUUAAUAUUGUUUUUCAGGCACAGGAGUGAUUAUAAUAUCUCCAACCCGAGAACUCUCCCUACAGACAUUUGGCGUGGUCACAGACUUGAUAAAAUAUCAUAAUCAGACAUAUGGUAUUAUCAUGGGAGGGGCAAACAGGAAAAAUGAAGCAGAGAAGCUUCACAAAGGAGUCAACUUGUUGGUUGCAACACCAGGACGGCUUUUGGAUCAUUUGCAGGUGAAAAGAUAUUCUUUAAUAAUUCUAUCCAGUGGCGUACUGGCAGGGGGGCCGGGGGGCCACGUCCCCACCCCCAGCUGGCAAUUCUUGGGGGGCGCACAAAUGAAAAGGGGGCGCCGAUCUCGUGCCAAAUUUUGAAAGUGGGUGGGAAAAAAAGCAUAUGAAAAAAAUAUAGUUACUUCCACCAAGAAAAGAUGUGUUUAUAGGCCUAUAAACAGACUAAGUUCAUAUAUAGGCGACAAAGACAAAGUGAUACAUUAAAUUACAGACUAUUGUUGCUAUCUCACGGCUCACACAAAAUCGUUCAUAUAGAAACAUGAUCAUGCAGUGAUCACACGCAAUGUCUCAUCACCGGGAUAUUGGUCAGCUUUCGAAGCGAUCACGGGAAUUAUGCCUUUUUUUGCUGGUAUUAUGCCCUAGUAUAUUAUGCCCUUUAUUAUGCUUCACGAAUCACGAGAGUGGCGCAAAUUAGAUAGUUAUGAUAAUGUAAAGUUGUGCACGCUGCAAUUUAGUUCUUUGCGCAAGAAACAUCAUGACUCAUGAGUAAUGUAAGUAAUAACAUAAGAUAAUGCUGAAACGCGCCCUUUUGGCAGCCAAGCAAGGAAACCUUAAAAUGAAUAUGCGUGGGGUCCGUGUGUUGUUGAAUAAAAGAGCUGUAAGUUGUAAAUGUAUUCAGAUCAGUAGAGAAUAGAAUUGGCAUUAGAUUAAUCGCUGGAAUUAGUUAGCAUUGCCUAUUACUAGCCAAGUGCUAUUACUAAAUUCUAACCAAAUCGCAAAUUUCGAUACGUUAUGAUGCCGUUUUCUGACCAUCAGAUUUCUGUCAAAUCUUCCCCCAAAGUCCAGGAAAUGGCAUUUCAGAGACUCUAAAUUCAAAUUUUUUCGGGGGGAGGCAUGCCCCUGCCCCCCCCCCCCUAGACAAACCUCGCACCUGCGGCGCUCGGCUCGUGCCUUCGGCCCUCGUUUAUCAAGCGUUACAUUAUAGGGCUAUUGCUGAUAGCCCCCCCCCCCCCAGAAAAAUAGUACCCAGCACGCCACUGUUUAGCAUCCAACUAUGCCGCAUUAGAGACAAACAAUCUAUCAAUAUAUCAAGAAACUUUAAAAUGCUUAUGAAAUUUCAUAAAGUAUAAAAGUACUGCUAUAUAUGUCUGUGCGAGACUUUGUGUUUAUAUAAAGAGAUAAUGAAUUAUGUACACUCCCGGACAAAGACACUUUAUACCAUUUCCAUGAACGUAUAUAGAAAAAUAGUUUGUUAAACCUUAUCGUUAUUAUUCACGUGGUAAAUGGGCAAUGGCUAUAGGCGCUACGACCCUACGAUGUUGAAAUUAACAAGUAAAUCAUGAAUGUAUCGUUUCCAGAUAAGAACAAUUUAGUGACAUAUUAUAAGAUUACAAAUGUGUGAACCAAAGAGAAAGGCAGAACAGAAACGUGUUAAAUGAAAGUGCCUUUUAUAAGUGCACCCAAGGCCAAGCGGCAAGCUCCGAGUCGAGAGAUCAUAAGAACAAUAUAGGGCAUAUGAUCAUGCAUUUUUAUUGCUUGAUUUCCUGACUUGUUGCUAUAAAAAUCUGUUUAGUAUAUUUUUAUAAUUUAAGAGCAAACAGAAAUCAAAUUUAGCAAAUAUUUUGACGUAUAUGUGAUUCUCAAAGUUGAUCGGUGCAGAACACUCACUCCUUGCGAUCGAAGUGUAAAGUGCGGAAGUGGGAGCAUGUAAUAUGAUACUUUUCCCACACACCCUUAGGCAAUUAAUUUUCCGUGACCCACGUGAUCAGCUCCGACCAGGGUCUUUCCUCCACAAGAGGAAGAGCCUGGGAAUGAGAUUGGGGUAUUGGUAUAUGGACCUCUUAGUGUGCACACCAAUUAGUGCUUUCUGCUCAGUUGUCAUAUUAACUUUGCACUAUCCUUGGGAUCUUUGACUCAUGUUAUUCCCUCAAUUUUUCGUCCCUUUAAAGCAUGUUAUGUAAAGAAAGGGUCAGUAGGGUCACAGUCAAUCAAGAUAUAAUCGUUCAAGAAACUAAUGUUAAGUUGUGCACUGCCACGGUGAUUGUAUUCUCGUAUAAUGAAGUGAUCGUCCAAUAGAGUUAGCUGAGGUGAAAUGUGUUGUAUCUAGCCUGCAUAGCAGACGGUCAGCCCGCCUCGGAACACCUAAACGCGGGCGAGGUGAAGAAGGCAGAGGCGAAGGAGACCCCAGGCUAUGUUGUAUCAGACCUCACGCCUUCGGUUCGAAUUUAUAUAUCUAACACAACAUGGCCGCUCAUGCUGUAUAUUAUUAUUGUAUUUGUGUAGAACACGCAUGGCUUUAAUUUUAAGAACUUACAGUGUUUGGUCAUUGAUGAAGCUGAUCGAAUACUGCAGAUUGGUUUUGAGGAAGAGAUGAAACAGAUCAUUCGAAUUUUACCAAGUAUGUCAGACUGUUGUUUUCUGGUAAACCAGGUUUUAUUUAAUUCCAAUCUUGAAUUUCAAUCUUCGGAAUUUGUUUCUUUGACUAGAAAAACGAUAUUAUAUCCACCAAUCUUACAAUGUACAUUGCAUGCCAUGUACAAGUGGUGGUGUGUCUGUAGAAGUGUAUUAUGACCUCAGAAUGUCUAGUAAACUCGGUUUAUAA